AUGGCGACUUACACGCCAGGGACGCACUUCAGCUCCAAGCCCCAGUCCGCUACCUAUCUGAAGAAUCAUCGCAAAGCACCCAAGGCGACGAUCAAGUUCAAUACCCCUCUUAUGACGAUUCUUGCCUCGCCCAAGGACCAUGGCGACAAGUCUUCCAAGCCCCAACCCUCGCUCCCCGCUCCCCAUCACCCGUACGACACAGAAGAUAGGAUCCUGACCCAGCAGCCGCCGCCGCGCCCCGGAGACAGCAGUAGCAGCGGCGGCGGCGGCCCGCCACUGCGGCAGCCGCCAUCACAGGGACAGCAGGACCAGCCGUCGACGCCGUCGCCACCUUCCCCGGCCUCAAUUGAAACUGCCAACGAGCCCGAUGCGGCUGCGGCAGACCCUGUGACGUGCGAACGUACGGCAAUGGGGCCAUUGCAGGAUACAGUAGCAGAAGACUCUCCUCCGCAUGUAGAGGUGCGCGGUAGUCCUGUUACUCUACCAGCCGUAGCUGCCGCCGUUGAAGUUGCUACAGCCCUGUACUUCCCGCCGCUGCCCGCCGACUCUGCUGAUGUCGGCCUAGUUGGGGCAGCGGCGGAGGCGGUUGUGGCCGCCGCGGAGAGCGACUGCGUUGAGGCCGUUAGCGUUCGUCAAUCCGCACGUUCGCCGCCUGCGUCUCCUGCCGAGAGCUAUAUGGCUUUGGAUGGCGGUGAUGCAGCCUCUGCUGCUUGUGGCGGCGACGUCAACGACAGCCGUGUAGCAGGCGGUCAUGGAGACAGGGAAGGGUGUGCCGUGGCGGCGGCAGCGGCGGAGCCGCCACUGCUGCCAAACAUUCAGCAGGGCAUCACGCCCAGCAGUAGCACUGACGGCGGCAGUGGUAGCGGAGCUGUAGCUGGCCAAGAGAGUAGUCGUAGCGAUGGGUCCUGGGCGGCCGCACUGACGAUGACCGUUACGGUGUCGAGCGGCGGCGACGGCAGCGGGCGCGACGUUGCUGCCGUACCGACGCCUUGUGUCCCCGAUGAGAGCCUGUUGGCGGAAUCUAAUGCCGUACUACAAGAUGGCGCCGACGGCGGCCCAGGCUGCCGCGGACAAAAAUCGAGUCCCAUGCGGGCGUCGCUUGGUGCGACUGGUGUUGUAACCACUGCUGCUACUGCCAUUGAUCUGCUAACGGCGGCUAAUCAGACAUUCCUGGCGGAGCGCCCUCCCUCCCCUUCGCGGCUGGAUGCCGCAGCACCAGCGGGGGCGGAAGCAACAAAAGACGAUAUGGAGGCAGAGCAGAAGGAGCAGCAGCAGCAGGAGCGCCUCCUCCGCGCGGCUACAGCCUCCAGUCAGUGUCGAUCCGCGCUACAGCUGCUGGCAGCGGAUCUGGCCAGCCGACUUCGCGCCGCGUCAUCGCUUUCGGACCGCUGUUACUGCUGCUACAGCCACGGCGGUGGCGGUGAAGAGACCCUUGUGGGUGCCGUACCCACGGCGGCGGCGGCAGCGGCAGCUAUCCGGCGGGGGGGCCAGGCGGUGUCGCCGUCCGAGCUGUCCAGCCUCCGCGUGCAAGUUGAGGCGGUAGCGCUGCUUGUAUCGGCGGUGCCGUACAUUGCGACGGCGGCAACGGUGACCGCUGGCGAAUGCUCCUCGCCCGCAGCUCCGGCGGAAGCACAGCUGGUUGACGGCUGUAGCGGCACUUCCGCCGCGACGCUGCAACAGCUGUCGGAGGCGCUGCUGGCGGCUGUCGAUACCGGCAGAUGCCGUCGGCACCACGCCACGCAACCCUGCGUGCUGGCGGCACCGCUGGCCAGUCUUGCGGAGGCCCUUAGUGGCUGGACAACGGCCGUCGUCAGCGGCGACAGCAGCGGCAGCGGCGGCGCCUCUGCCGCCGCAGCGGCGGAGCUGGCCACCCGGCUGUCGCAGUGCGGCGCCUGGCUGUUGCACUACAGCCGCCAGGCGGCACAACUGGCGGCGCCGCCGUCGCCGUCGUCGUCAACAGCCCCCGAGGUGCUCCCGGGUUCGCCAACUUCGACUGAGGCUGCGGCAGAAAGCUGCAUCAUCGUGACUGGGUUGAGACAGGGGACACCGGCGCAAUCAAAGGCGAAAGUUGUGGCGGAAUCAGCUAUUGCCGCAGAGGCUAACGUGCUGCCUCUUGCGCCUCUGCAGCUAUUGUCGCCGAGGACUAGCAGUCCAGGUGACAUCCGCAGCGGCAGGUGCGAUCGAUUUGUCCGGAGGACCGACGGCGACGCCGGUGGUGACGCUGCUUUACUGGAUUCCGUGACAGACGCGUUGGCCCCGUCGGCGGCGAAGUCCUUAAAGCACGUCAAGGCCAAGGUUGCCGCUGCCGUAUUGACGGAAUCGGUGGAGGAAAUGGUCUCUGCUGUGCAACUUGUCAUGUACGACGGCGAGAUGGGCAUGUACGGCAGCAGCGCCAAGGAUGACGGAACCGGCAACGCCUGUAGCUGUACCGUAAACGAAGAGGUGAUGAGUGAUCGCAUCUGUACGGCAGCGGCGGAGGCGGGGCGGGAGGAGCAAUUCACCGUUCCGAAGGUGAUGCCGCCGCUGAUGGUGGCGGCGGCAGAGACAGGAAUGGAUGACGCGCUUCAGGACGCCGCUCCUGUAAUUGUGACGGUGACGGCGAAGCCGGCGGCUGGUCGUCAGCUAGUCAGCGGCGCACGGGAUGCGACGGCGGCUGCCGUACUCGUCAUCCCGACCGCCUCCGCCAAGCCCCGGACGCCGCGACCGCCGCUACCGGACGCGCCAGCGGCGGCGGAGGCCCCCAUCACCACCGAUCCCCAAGAUCAUGCAUCCCACCAGCUACACCACCAACAUCAAGACCAGCAGCUGCAGGAGCAAAGCAGCGAGCAGGGCCUGCCGCCGCCGCCGUCGCCGUCGCCGCAGCAGACUCCGCAAAAAAAGGAUAAUCAGGGGCUUUCCGCCAGCACCGCAAGCCGCAGCCCCAAGCCCAGCCAGAUCGAUCGCGCCGCCGGCCUCCUUCGCACCGCUCAAGGUCAAGUACGGCCGCCUCUGCCAGACAGUACGGUAGUAUUGCUGGCGGCUCUGCCGGGACCCUUCACCUCGACGGCGACGUCUUCGAGAGCGCCGAAAUCGUCCGCUGCCCGAUCGAGGGACGAGUACGGUUUGUGGGCUGACGUCGACCAGCUGCUACAGGAGGUCGUUGCCCUGGCGGCGGUGCCGGCGGCGGCCCAGGAAGGUACGACAGGCAUGGCAGGAUUUCGAGUCCUCCGAGGUGACGACCCGGAGGAUCCGAAAGGGGCUGUUCCGAAGGGUGAUGAGUCGACGGCAGCUGCAGCGGCGGUGCUCGCUGCGCGAGCGCACUUGCUGCUUGGCGUGUUGGCCGUCGCGACAGCUGACGGCGCCGCGGGCGAGGCGGCGGCAGCCGCGGCGGAGGCGCUCAUCAGGCCCAGGUUGGGCUGUGGCCCGGCGUUAAGCGCCGCGUCCGGUCUUAUCACGGCAGCGGCGGUGGCGGCGGCGGAGAAUAUUGGGGGGUCGGGAGGCGGAGGUGCUGGUGAUUGGCGGCGGCUCGAGUGCAUGGGACUCCUGGCGGAGGCAGUCGCCCUGCGCGGCGCGGUACGGGAGGUCCGCGGCAAGCUGUACGGCGCAACGCGGCUGUACGACGAGGCACUCGCGCUAUGCCAGACGGAGGUACUCGGCUGCAACCCGCCGGCGCACCUGCUGCUUCUGAGAGCCGCCCUCGCGGGUGCACGCGCCCGCUGCGCCGUACGGCUGGCGACCAUCAUCCCCUUCGCCGUCGGCGCCUCGCCGCGCUGCAGCCGGUGGUCCGACACGGCGGUGCCGGUCACAGCAGAGUUUUGCGCUGUGUGCGAGUUCCUCGCUGCUACUGCCGUCGAACCGCCGGCUUCGGAUGACCCAUGGGUCGCGACCGCCGCGCCGCUGCCGGCGCUUGCGGAGGUGGCCAUGGUGCUGGUACGCUUACAGUUGCUGGCGGCAGGGACGGAGACGGAUACGCCGGGGCAGUUGUCGUCACCGCCAUCGUCGCCGCACAGGGCCGCCCCUUCCCGCCACGACCGGGCUGUCCUACUGCACGAGGCAGCUGAGUUAGCUUGCAGCGCGCUCCGCUGGAUGCUGGUCGCCGCCGCCGCCGCCGCUGAACCCACCUGUACGGCAGGGACGACGACGGCAGCGCGAGAACAGCUGCCACCUCGUUACGCUGAGUCCGCACUUCUGGCGGCAGUGUGCGUGGCGGCGGCGACGCCACCGUCCCGUCUUCCGUCGACGGGGUCCAGCUCCGCCGUCGACAGCGGUGCCCACGACCACGUUGUGCCGUGCGCUGACGGCGGCGCAGGCCCGGUGGUUGCGGCAAUCGCAGCGAUGUCGGAGAGAGCCCCUGCAUCAAGCGAUGCGCCGCCUCCGCUGCCUCCUCCGCCAGUGGUGGAGGUCUUGGCUGCAGGGGGCGCUGGCGACAAGGACUCUUGGGAGCGAGCUUGGGAGUGGGGCAAGAUGGCGCUGAGCGCCCGGCAGGAGGCAAGUAUGGGAUACGCCAUAUAUUGGGGUUCCAUACCAGACAAGAUGGAUAACGGUCAGGCAGAUAAUACGUUGAUAGCGCUAUACGGCGUGGAUUCGGAUCCAGCUCUGGAGGCCCAGGCGUUCCUAGCCCACGUGGCGGGUGCGGGACUGGGGCUGUGGCAUGUGGCUGAGCCCCUGCUGCUGAGCCUGGUGGCGCUGCGAGGAGAGCAGCUAGGGCCGGCGCACCCCGUCACGCAGGCGGCUGCCGCGUACUACCUGGACCUGCUGCUGCGCCACCAAAGGGCUGCUGCAGAGGGACCUGUGUGUGACCCGCUCCGCACCGCCGAGAACGUCCUGCGGCGGCUACUGCCCAGAGCCCUAGCCCACCAGCGUCAGCUGCUGCAGCAGCGCCAGCCGCCGCAGCCAGCGCAGCACUCCGCCGCUGGUUCCAAUCACACCACAUCCACCAACGCCGCCGCAGCAGCAGCCAGGACGGGUUUCCGAGCCACCAACAGCAGCGGUGGCGGCGCCGCUUCCACUGUAUCAACCGUACACCGCUCCAGGACUCCGAGCGCGGGCAGCGGCGGCUGCUCUGAUGAGCACGCAACAGCCGCGGCAGGGCCUUCCUCGCCUUUCUCAUCCUCUUCGCCAGCAGGAGGAGCUGGCGGCGUCGCGGUAUCUGCGUCGCCGUUGCCGCUAGUGAAGCUGCAGCACCGGCUUGAGGAGCUCAAGCGUAUGCAUGUGCCGGCGGCGGCGACGGCGGCGGCGGAUGAGGCCGAGCUUGAGCCGGAGGAGGCCCCUCACGAAGCGGCGGUGGCCCCGCUAGACUUGCUGCAACCCGCGGCGGGAGUACUGCAACCCGCGCAGGCGGCACAACCGAAGGCAAGCGCGCCGCGGACAGGUGCUACUGAUAAUAUCGGUGCCGGUGCUACUGCCGUCGUACAACCGACGGGGACGGGUCCUGCGGGUAGCAUGUCCAAAGCAUCCGGUCCAGUUGUUGUGAAAGCGGUGCCGGGUAGAGUGAAAGCCGCGGCAGCGGCGGCGGCGGCGCCACCGCCGUCAGCGUCGUCUCCGAGGCCGCCGGCACCUCAGGGCGCCCCUGGCCUCGCUCCUCCCUCGAUGGCCACAGCCGGCGGCGGCAACAACGCCUCCCCUGGACCGGUGCGUCGAGGCUCAUCAGUGCCGCGACCAUUGCCGUGGCCGCAGCAACAAAUCGCGUUACAAAGGACGCAGGCAAUGGCGCCGGCAGCAGCUGGAACACAGGCGGCGGCGGCGCCGUUAAACCCGUCAGUAACGGCGCUGGCGGCCCCGAACCAGCAAGCACGGACACAGGCGGUGCCGGCCAAGGUGACGACGACGGCGGCACCGGCGGCGGCGGCGGUGGCAGUACGGCGGCAGCAGGCCCGCUCCCCGAGGACUCAAUCUGCGGCGGCGGCCGGUGCAGCGGCUGCGCCCGUGGCAAAGACCGUUGCAUUACAACCAGCUCCGGCGGCAGCGUCCCGUGCUUCACCGAGGUCGGCAGUGACGCGUCCCAAUGAGGCGCCCUUGAUGCAGCAAGCAAUGAGGUCAAUGCUUGCAGGGACCGGGCUGCUGUCCGCGUCGGCGCCCAUAGCAGCUGCAGGUGCGCCGGCGGCGGCGGCGGCGGCGGGAAGCUCCGCCAGCCGAUCUCAACCCAAGCUGCUGGCGUUCCGUCGAGCGGCGGCGGCGCUUCGUAAGUCCGCGGAGGCCAUGGACGCCGGCGGCACAGAUGGGAAGGCGCGUGCUGGCGUCCUCACUGUGGCGGCGGCGGGUAACGGCCGUACGGCAACUGCCGUUGGGGCCGGCAACACGUCAGCGGCCGGGGAGGCGCCGCCGCCAGCACCAUCUCCGAGGCCGUCACUUAAGUCAGUUGCGGCGGCAUUCAAGGCCGGGCUGACGAGCUCGCCGUCGGCGCCGUCGCCGGUCGCGAGAGCUAUGACGGCAUCGCCGUUGUCCAGCCGAUUUGUGGCUGCGGCUUCGGAGCGCGAUGCCUUGACGUCCGCGAGAGGCGCUCUGGGACGUUCCUGGCAGGGUCUCAAGCAACAGCUGGAGCCUAGGGUGACGCGGACGCUUGCCCCUAGCGAAGAGAACCGUGCCGUUGCAGCCCUAGGAACAGAGGCCAUGGCGGCGACAGCGCCGAUGCCGGAGCCAGAGGCUGCUCGUAAGGCCAACGCUGCGGCGGAAAUGGAAUCUGACGCAGCGAAGGUGGAGGCUGCGGUGCAGGCUGUAGCGGAAGCCGUGGCGAAGGCGCAUGCGGCGGCGAAAGCAAGGGUCACCAGGAAAGGGGAGAGGGUCGGGAAGGCAGAAGCUGCAGCGAAGGCAGAAGCUGCAGUGAAGGCUGAGGCCGCAGCGAAGGCUGAAGCCGCAGCGAAGGCUGAAGCCGCAGCGAAGGCUGAAGCCGCAGCGAAGGCCGAAGCCGCAGCGAAGGCGGAAGCCGCAGCGAAGGCCGAAGCUGCAGUGAAGGCUGAGGCCGCAGCGAAGGCCGAAGCCGCAGCGAAGGCGGAAGCCGCAGCGAAGGCCGAAGCUGCAGUGAAGGCUGAAGCCGCAGCGAAGGCGAAGGCAGCAGCCAAAGCGGAAGCGGCUGCGAGGAAAGCCGACAGUGCUGCGAAGGCCAAGGAAAGGAAAACGCGCCGCCGAGCGGACAUCACCACCUCCACUUCCGUGACGGUUCUGCCAACGGCCGCUGCUGCAGUGGUGCAGAGUUUCCCCGUCGCAAUAUCCCCUCGUGCUGUCACACACACCCAUGUCGAGUCGUCAGUAUUGCCACGGCACAACACGCAUACGCAAGCCGUCUCCAGGUCGGCGCCAAGGGAGAAGCCGUUGCCGUCCUGCGACGAUGUACGUUAUGAUCCGGAUCCGGAUACAGCGCAAAGUACAGCGCAAGCCGAUGGCCAGCCUGACAUGGCGGGUGUGCCGUCAGGGCCGCCAGGAAGGCCUGAGCUAGAGGCGGGUGUGGGCAGAGACGGCGUGAUUGUGGGGCACUCUGUUUUGCAUGGGGUAAGCAGGGCGGCUGCAGCUGCAGCUGCUGCUGCUGCCCUGUCGGCGCCUCUGAAGGCUGAGCAACAGCAAAAGGCAGAAGUCACGCUGCAGCCGGAGUCGGCUAGACUACCGCCAGGGUUGUCGUCUUCAAGGACGGGGACGGACCCCGGCACUGAGGAGCUUCAGCCGCCGCAGCCAUCAGUUUCGCCCAUGGUGAUGCAGCGCGGCACAGUCACCUCAGCGACACUGUCGGCGGCGGCGGCGGCGCUGCUGCACGCCGGGCGACAACCGUUACCCGAGGAGCCGCUGCCGCCGCUGCAGCAGCAGCACCGGCGAGCUCCUCCUGCACUAUCUCUGGCGGCGUCCAUUUCAGCGCUGCUGACGGCGGCGACACCGGUGGCUUCGCCGUCGGCCAAGGGGUCUCCGCCAGAAAGUGGUCAUGCCUCGCCAUCGCCAUCGCCGCUGCCAGCGCUAUCCCAGCUUGGCGGUGGUCCUAUUAGGUCAGGACGAUCGCCGGGAUCACAAUCGGCGGCGGCGGUGCAGCCGCCGCCAGCUGCAGGAGCAGCCGCUGUCGGCAGGUCACGCAACGACGGCGACGUCAGCGUGGCGGAAGGUGGAAGAAAGGCAUUACUUGAGGUCGAGUACAGUGGGGAUGCGGAUGAAGAUGAGGGUGUUCCCUUGCAGCCGUUGCCGUUGCCGCCGCCACAGGAGCCGCCGCCGCCGCCGCUGCAGACCCUCAGGGAGCCGCCACUGGCGUCACCGAGUUCCCCCGGCAGCGGCAACGCGACGGCGACGGCGGCGUCGGCAUUAUUGGCAGUAUCUGGAUCGCGACGCCGUGUAGCGGACACCUUGCCGUCGCCGCUACAGCCUCGGCCCUCCUCAAUCGACUGCUCGGCGCCAGUGCCGCUACAGCCUCUUCCCCUGGAGCCGUUGCCGUCGAUGCAGGUUCCUGCGCCGUCAGUACAGCCGAUGCCGGCGGCGGCACCCGGCGCAUUGGCGGCCGACUCACCGGCGCUGUCGUGGACCUCCGUCAAGCCUGCCGUACCGGCGGUGGGCGCCCCGGAGGAACUCAACGCGGGCGUGCGGGUUUGCCCCGACACGGACAUCGCCCUUCUUCAUCUCAGACGAUCGCGACGGGGUUUAGGGCUACAGCCGCUGGAGGUUGGCAGCAGCGGUUCGGCACGUGAGCGUGACGGCGGGGGGAGGAGUCAGUCGCACAGCCCGUCGCCACUGGAGACGGGCGAAAGUCCGGCGGGCGCGGCAGCGGCGGCGGUCGAGGCGGCGGCGGCGGCGGCGGCCAGGCGGAAGGGUCCUGCCAGGGCAGGGCUCCGAGACAUAUUGGAUGAUGGGCGGCAACAUCAACAACAGCAGCAGCAGCAACAGGUGUGGGAGGGCUCGGACAGCUGGCGGCGUCACGUGGCAGGCUUGGCGCCGCUGCCGCGGCAGCGGCUGCUGCCGCAACCUGGGGAAUGGAGAGGAGCAGAAACUGCCGCCGACCAAGCCGCCGCCGCUGCCGCCGGGGCCGGGGCGGCAGUGGCAGGUGCAGCACCUCAGCAGUUUAAACCCAUCGGCGGAUGCACCGGCGGUCGCAGUCGGAGCACCGCCAAUGGCGACAUCGUUGGAGAUACGCUCCGCGACUCAUGGGGCCCGAGCGCUAUGCGACGAAGGACAGCGGAGCCGUUCACCGCGCAGUUCGAUGACGACGAGGACGAUGACGGUGGUGGUGGCGGCAUCGACGCCAUCACAACCGGACUCGUUACAGAUCGAGUGGGUCUGGAAGGGGAUGCGGGAGGAGGAAGAACUGCUAGAAAGGGCUGGGGGGUACCGCUGGGAGCUGCUGGGGGGUUUGUUGGAGUGGGCGCUGCUGGCGGUAGCCGAUUGACGGGAACUCUACGGCGGCAAAGAGCAUCGCUGUCGGCGCGUGACGGCAUUCAUUUGGCACGCGGUGAAGUAAUGGCGGAGCCGCAGCUCGGUACGGCCGCAGCCGAGUGGGGCGCUGCGGUGGUGGUUACCGCCUCUGUGGGAGGGGCCGGUACUGCGGAAAAAGAGAAACCCUCUGCUGGAAACGGCGCGGAGGAGGAGGAGGAGGGGGAGAGGCUUCGACCGCUGCGGCGGCGGCUGCCGCCGCCGCCAGCCGCCCUGGGCGGCGUGGCUGGGGUCGAGAUCUGGGUUAACGUGGUGUGUGUGUGUGUGUUGCCGUGCCCACAUGAAGAAGCGUGUGACUUUGUCUAUUGCUCCAUUGUAAGUUUUGUUAGCUCGCUGAGAGGGCCGCUCGUGUCAUUGUGUUACUGGGGCAGCGCGACUGCGGGAGCGGCUUUCCUCGCGGCAUGUGGGCUCCGAAUGGACCAGGUCGUCAAAAAACGGCCUAUCAAAACGGGCGUGAAGCAGCCUUUGCUUAACGAGGUCCAACUCAGGCAUCUGGAACCCUUUCACCAUACAAUCCCAGCUCCUUCAGGGAAGAUAUCAUCUGAAAGUGGGUUCGAAUUUAUGGAAAGCAUCGGCAGGGUGGUGCCCUAA